AUGGACAAGGUUACCAAUGUGCGUAACAUCUCCGUCAUUGCCCACGUCGAUCACGGUAAGUCUACUUUGACUGACUCCUUGGUCCAGAAGGCUGGUAUCAUCUCUGCCGCCAAGGCUGGUGACGCCAGAUUUAUGGACACCAGAAAGGAUGAGCAGGAGAGAGGUAUUACUAUUAAGUCUACCGCUAUCUCCUUGUACGCUUCCCUUACCGAUGAGGACUGUAAGGAGAUCAACCAGAAGACCGACGGUACCUCUUUCUUGAUUAACUUGAUCGACUCCCCAGGUCACGUUGACUUCUCCUCUGAGGUCACCGCCGCUUUGAGAGUCACUGACGGUGCUUUGGUCGUUGUGGACUGUGUUGAGGGUGUCUGUGUUCAGACCGAGACUGUCUUGAGACAGGCUUUGGCUGAGAGAAUCAAGCCCGUUGUCAUCAUCAACAAGGUUGACAGAGCUUUGUUGGAGUUGCAGACCACCAAGGAGGACCUUUACCAGUCUUUCUCCAGAACUAUUGAGUCCGUUAACGUCAUCAUCUCCACUUACGCUGAGAAGUCCGUCGGUGACGUUCAGGUUGCCCCAGAGAAGGGUACCGUUGCUUUCGGUUCCGGUUUGCACGGUUGGGCCUUCACUGUUAGACAGUUCGCUAACAGAUACUCCAAGAAGUUCGGUGUCGACAGACAGAAGAUGAUGGAGAGAUUGUGGGGUGACUCUUUCUUCAACCCUAAGACCAAGAAGUGGACCAACAAGGACAAGGACGCCGACGGAAAGCAGUUGGAGAGAGCCUUCAACAUGUUCGUUUUGGACCCAAUCUUUAGAUUGUUCUCUUCUAUCAUGAACUUCAAGAAGGACGAGAUCCCAACCUUGUUGGAGAAGUUGGAGAUCAACUUGAAGGGUGACGAGAAGGAGUUGGAGGGUAAGGCUUUGUUGAAGGUCGUCAUGAGAAAGUUCUUGCCAGCUGCUGACGCUAUGUUGGAGAUGAUUGUCAUCCACUUGCCAUCUCCAGUCACCGCCCAGGCUUACAGAGCUGAGACCUUGUACGAGGGUCCAUCUGACGAUGAGCACUGCCAGGCUAUCAGAAACUGUGACCCUAAGGCUGAGUUGAUGGUCUACGUUUCCAAGAUGGUUCCAACCUCCGAUAAGGGUAGAUUCUACGCUUUCGGUCGUGUCUUCGCUGGUACUGUCAAGUCCGGUCAGAAGAUUAGAAUCCAGGGUCCAAACUACCAGGUUGGUAAGAAGGACGACUUGUUCUUGAAGGCUAUCCAGAGAACCGUCUUGAUGAUGGGUGGUAAGGUCGAGCAGAUUGACGACUGUCCAGCUGGUAACAUUGUCGGUUUGGUUGGUAUUGACCAGUUCUUGUUGAAGUCUGGUACUCUUACCACCUCUGAGACCGCUCACAACAUGAAGGUCAUGAAGUUCUCUGUCUCCCCUGUCGUGCAGGUUGCCGUCGAGGUCAAGAACGCCAACGACUUGCCUAAGUUGGUUGAGGGUUUGAAGAGAUUGUCCAAGUCCGACCCAUGUGUUUUGACUUCUAUUAACGAGUCUGGUGAGCACAUUGUCGCCGCCACCGGUGAGUUGCACUUGGAAAUUUGCUUGAACGAUUUGCAGAACGACCACGCUGGUAUCCCAUUGAAGAUCUCCCCACCUGUCGUUUCUUACAGAGAGACUGUCCAGGCCGAGUCUUCCAUGGUUGCCUUGUCUAAGUCUCCUAACAAGCAUAACAGAAUCUACGUCAAGGCCCAGCCAAUUGACGAAGAGACCUCUUUGGACAUUGAGAACGGUGUCAUCAACCCAAGAGAUGACUUCAAGGCCAGAGCCAGAAUCUUGGCUGACAACCACGGUUGGGACGUCGCUGACGCCAGAAAGAUCUGGUGUUUCGGUCCUGACGGUAACGGUCCUAACUUGGUUGUUGACCAGACUAAGGCCGUUCAGUACUUGAACGAAAUCAAGGACUCCGUCGUUGCUGCCUUCCAGUGGGCUACCAAGGAGGGUCCUAUCUUCGGUGAGAACGUUAGAUCCGUCAGAGUUAACAUCUUGGAUGUUACCUUGCACGCUGAUGCUAUCCACAGAGGUGGUGGUCAGAUCAUCCCAACCAUGAGAAGAGCUACUUACGCCUCCAUGUUGUUGGCUGAGCCAGGUAUCCAGGAGCCAGUCUUCUUGGUUGAGAUCCAGUGUCCUGAGAACGCCAUUGGUGGUAUCUACUCUGUGUUGAACAAGAAGAGAGGUCAGGUUGUCUCUGAGGAGCAGAGACCAGGUACUCCAUUGUUCACCAUCAAGGCUUACUUGCCUGUCAACGAGUCUUUCGGUUUCUCCGGUGAGUUGAGACAGGCUACCGGUGGUCAGGCUUUCCCACAGUUGAUCUUCGAUCACUGGGCUAUCUUGAACGGUGACCCAACCGACCCAACCACCAAGCCAGGUCAGAUCGUCAAGGCUAAGAGAGAGCGUGCUGGUCUCAAGCCUGAGGUUCCAGGCUACGAGGAGUACUACGACAAGUUGUAA